CCACUUCACUGAACAGCAGUAGGCCGAGCCCGGUCGAUCGGAAAUCAUGAGUGGAUAUUUGUUUCGAACAUACGGCAGUCGCUACAUAUCUAUCCUCAGCCGCGUGUGGUCGGGAAACUCGCAAAUGAUGAAAAACUCAGAAGCCACAUUGAGGAAAACACUCGAGGCCAAGUUCCCCCAGGCAAAGAACAUCGUUGUCAACGACAUCUCCGGCGGUUGUGGAUCGAUGUAUGAAAUAUACGUCGAAAGCAAAGAAUUUAAAGGCCUGUCCACUGUGAAACAGCACCGAUUAAUAACGGAGACACUCAAAUCAGAAAUUAAAGAUAUGCACGGUCUCCGGAUACAUACGUCAAUUGCUGAGUAAUUGUUACGUCGUACUCUCAUUGUA